AUGGCUGGGAAGCCAGAAAAAAAGGAAAAGAUAAAGAGCUUGGUGAGGGAGAAAUGUGUUGAUGUGCUCUUUCUUCAAGAGACUAACAGAAGCUCUAUGGAUGAUCAUUUUGUGAAAACUAUUUGGCCUUAUAAAGAAUUGGAAUUUAUGUUGGUAGAUUCAAAGGGAAGUGCUGGAGGCCUUUUGUGUAUUUGGAGGCCACAAGUCUUCGAGCUCAAGGGCUGCUGCAGCAGCAAAAAUUUCAUCAUUUUAUCAGGUAUCUCUAGUAAUUGUUUUCAGUGCACUCUUGUGAAUAUCUAUGCUCUUAAUGAGGUUCUUAGGAGGAGACAGUUAUGGGACUCUCUAGUGAGUAUCUGCCAACAUUUUCCAAACCCGUGGUGUAUGGGAGGGGACUUCAAUGAGAUUAGAUAUAUGGGUGAGAGGAAAGGAUGCUCAUCUAGAGAAAGGGGGAUGAAGGACUUUAAUGAGUUUGUGGAAAAAUUGGAAUUAACUGAUAUGCCUUUGCUAGGUAGGCAGUAUACUUGGUGCAAUGCUCUGGAUAGGAAUAUGUGGAGUAGGAUUGAUAGAUUUUUGUUAGAUUUGAAGUGGAUGGAAAAGUUUUCCUUUAAGCAAUGGGGUCUACCUAGGACAAUCUCAGACCAUUGCCCCAUUUUGAUAAAGGAAGAUGAUAGGGAUUGGGGACCAAAGCCAUUUAAAUUUAUCAAUGCCUAG